UUCCAAGUGGAUAAAACACGAUGUUUAUUCUCACUUAGUCUGGUACUAUCAUAUAGUAUCAGAAUAUUAUAAUAGGGACUUUAAUUUACUACAUUGAACUAGUAAUCUUAUAGUAACAAAUUGAGAUGUUUGGUAUGCAGUUAUUUAAUUAUUUCCGUUAAAAACGCGGUAAAAAUUAGUCAUGGAAAGUGUUAGUUUUAUACAAUUGAAAAUGUUGAAAUAAUAAUAAUAGUAAUAGAAAGCUAUUUUAAUUGUUAAAUUCAUGAAUUUUUAAUACUAUUUCUAACUAAUAUUUAUUGUGUAUAUAUUUACUUACUGAAAUUUAGGUUAUGUUAUUAAACAUGACUGAAAAGCAAAAGGUAUUACUGUGUGGAGAUGUAGAAGGACAUUUUAAAUUUUUAUUCAACAAAAUUGAUGCUAUCAAUAAGAAAAGCGGACCUUUCGACUUUUUGUUAUGCGUGGGAAAUUUUUUUGGCGAAGACAACGCGGAGCUUGAAGACUAUAAAAGUGGCAUGAAAAGUAUACCAGUUCCAACUUAUAUUAUUGGCGCUAACGAGGAAGUUGAUUUAGAUAAUUAUCCAGAUGUUGAUGGUUGUGAAAUUUGUCAAAAUCUUACUUAUCUUGGAAAACGUGGGUUAUAUACUGCUAGUUCUGGACUUAAAAUAGCUUAUAUCAGCGGUACAGAAAAUAACUCGUUGAAAACAAAACCUACUUGCUUCAAUGAAAAUGAUGUAAUGUCAAUUAAGCAAGCUUGUUUAAAAGGUCAACCUAGUUUUCGUGGAAUUGAUAUAUUAAUGACUUCACCCUGGCCUGCUUAUAUUACAAAUUUAGAUCCUAAUAAACCAAACUUGAAAUAUCAGGGUUCAAAAUUAAUUGCAUGGUUGACUGCCCAAGUAAAACCAAGAUAUCAUGUAUCAGCGUUAGAAGGCAUAUAUUACGAAAGACCUCCAUAUAGGAAUCAAAGUCUACAAGAAGGAAAUACUGAAAUUGCAACGAGAUUUAUAGCACUUGCUCCUGUAGUGAACAGUCAAAAAAGGAAAUGGUUAUACGCAUUGAAUCUGACUCCUGUUGACCGGACACGUUUAUCCGAGCUAAUUAUGAAAACUACAGAUGAAACAAAUAUUCCAUAUCCCAAUUCGAUGCUAUUAAGUGAACCAUCUCUACAAAAAUCAGAACAACCAAAGCGUACACAAUAUUUUUAUGAUAUGGAAUCUCAAGAAACUACUAAAAGAUCCAAAUCUUACGGUGGCAUUAAUAAAAAAGUAAAACGAGAAUUUGAUCAAACAAAGUGCUGGUUUUGCUUAUCCAGUCCUGAAGUUUCUAAGCAUUUAGUAAUAUCAGUUGGGAUAGAGGUAUAUGUUGCACUUGCUAGAGGUGGAUUGGUUGAGAAUCAUCUCUUAAUUCUACCAAUAACGCAUCACCAAAGUCUUUCUAUUCUACCAAAAGAAGUAAAAGAUGAAAUUGAACAAUAUAAAGACGCUAUAACCAAUUAUUAUGCAACUUUGGACAAAGUACCUGUUUUCUUUGAACGUAACUUCAAAACAUCUCAUUGUCAAUUACAAGCUGUACCUAUUCAUAAAAAUCAAGCAGCAGCUCUGAAAGAAGCAUUUGAGGAGAUGGCACAAUGUAAUAAUUUUAAAAUAUUGGAAUUACCUCCACACACUGAUUUACAGCAAAUUGCACAACCAGGUGUUCUAUAUUUUUAUGCAGAGUUGCCAGAUAGACAAAAGUUAUAUCAUAGGAUAAAGAAAGACUUUCCACUUCAGUUUGGUAGGGAGGUAUUAGCUUCAGACAGAAUAUUAGAUCUUGAUGAUCGAGUUGAUUGGAAAGAUUGUCAAUUGAGUCAAGAGGAAGAAAUUGAGUUAGCAAAACGAAUUAGAAGAGAUUUUCAACCAUUUGAUUUGGAUACUUAAAGAUGUACAAAAGUUUAAGAUAUUAAUACUAUAGUAGGCAUAUAUAUAUAUAUAUAUCUGUAUAUCAUGGUUUCUGAAAAAUAUAUAAAGAUAUUAAUUUAUUAUCCUGUAAAAGUAAUGAAUAAAAAUAUUGUUAUUAAUUUA